GCUGUUCAAGAUACUGUGCAAUGAAGAAGAAAGGUCUGAAAAUCAAAAAGCUGCACAAAGGCGAAGUCUUGAAGAUUAGCCGAAAGCGGAAAGCGACUGAGGCAGAGGAUGAAUCUUCCGACGGAGAGGAUAUUUCAAUUUCUGAUGAACCGAAACUAGAAAAAGAAGCUCCAUCAAUGCAAGUAUUAGGAGAAGAUCGGUCUGAUGAAGAAGGGGAUUCGGAUAAAGAGUUGCAAAUUGCUCUGCGCGAUGGACUUCUAAAAACUGAUCGUCUUAAUUACAUGGUCGAAGCAAAGCGACCAAUCAUUAACAAAACCGCGGAAAUACGUGAGAAGAUCGCACAGUUUGCGAAAGCGUUGCCAUGGAUUGAAACUGUCGACGUUACCACGAAGUCCACUCUCACGAAAGAGAUGAUUAACAACGAUUUUGAGCGAGAGAUGCAAUUCUAUAAGCAGGCUGAAAAAGCUGUGCAGUUCGCUGUACCUCGUCUUCUAGCAAUGGGAAUCAAAGUGAUACGGCCACCCGAUUAUUAUGCAGAGAUGGCGAAAAGUGACGGUCACAUGCAAAAGGUGAGGAAAAGGUUGUUGAAGAUUCAAGAAGGGAAAGAAAGACAAGAAGCAAUACGCCGGAUGCGUGAAGAGAAGAAAUACGCGUCGAAAGUCCAAAAGGAAGUCCUGGACAAACGUUUGAACGAGAAGAAACAGUUGAUGGAAGCUGUUAAAAAGCACAAGAAGGGAAUGAAACAACAGUUAGAGGAUAUGUUGAACAAUGUCAAACGAAUGGGUUUGGAUCAGGAAGAUGAGCCCUCUCCUAGCGUAUCAGCAAACAAGGGUGUUGCAAAGAAGUUUGGUCGUCCUGGCACAGGGAGAGGAUUCGAUGCCAAAAAACAAUGGAAAAACGAGAAGUUUGGUUACGGUGGUAAAAAGAAAGGAAGCAAGAGGAAUGACAAAGAAAGUUUUGAAAAUGUGCCUGAAGGCAGAAGUAGCUUUGGUGGAAGGGGCCGCAGUGGUGGUUUUCGUGGUAAAUCACGAAUAAGAGGUGGUCGAUCUCGGGGUGGUAGACGAUAAUACUAUCUUGAUUUUUCUUGAAAAUUGUUUCCAUUAUUUGUUAUAGCCGUG